AUGCAGACUUGGGUUUGGAUAAUCCAGGACUUGAUUUGCCUUCAGAUUUUGAAAACGUUGUAUUCAAAGGAAACAGCUCACUAUACCUUCCUCAGGACAGCGUCACCCUGGGCGUUUUCCAGAACAGCGCCUUCGACAGAAGCUCUACCAGAAGCUUUAGCUUUGACCGCCUGACCCGGUGUCAAAGUUCAGUCCGGGAUCAAGGACCCUUGACAGCCUUGCAAGGUCAUGGUUAUUUCAGUGGGGAGGGAGCUACGGAGCAGCCCUUGCAGCACAGGCACUAUGGGCACCUCCAACAGCAGCAGCAGUAUCUUGACUCUGUUCAGCAACAGCAAGGGUAUCAUCAUCAACAGCAAGGGUAUCAUCAACAAAAACCAAAUCAGUCCACACAGCUGGAAGACAAGACAUCGUCUUGUUAUACAAUAUCUGGCCAGCCUCAGAUACCAUGCGAUAUCACAGCUAGCACUUACACUGAUUAUACAAGACUGCCAGAAAGCCCGCCAGACUCUGGAUCCGAACCUUACUCACCCUCAGAUCAGCAACUCCUUUUGCAGCCUGGUCAGCAAAUGAUGAUGCAACAUCAGCAGGCAGGUCAGCAAAUGAUGCUGCCAUAUAGUGCAGACAUGCUCAGGGGUCAUAGACUGCCUAUGCACCAUUUGCCUCUGCCGCUGACUCAGUCCAUCCAUCCAUCACAAACAGAAAGGUUUGUUCAAUAUUCUCAUUUCUCUUCUUCUUUCCACAGCCUUCUGUCUCAUAUUGUUUCAAUCAACUCUGACACAGAUGAUCCUCCAAGCCAUGAUGUCAAACUCUUACCAGGUAAUAUAAACCAAGUCAGCAAAAAACGGAAAUACUCUGAAUCUCCAACUGGCAUACUCAAAACCAGCUUCCUGCAUGGAACAAAUGACAUUCCAAAUAUUAAACAAGAACUGCCUGGUCCCCAGUGCAGCAACUAUGUCACGCAGCAGUCGUGUGAUUUCAGUGACCUGCAAGUAUAUGAUGUGGAUUCCGACGGAGCGUUUGACACCACGUAUCAGAUGAUUAAAUGGCAGCCAUAUUCUCCAUCAACGUGGGCCAUUUUGACAGAUGGAGACUUGAGGGAUCUGCCAGCUCCCCAGUUUAGAGUGGAUGCAGACAAAGGCUUCAACUUCUCAGUAUCAGAUGAUGCCUUUGUUUGCCAGAAAAAGAAUCACUUCCAGGUCACAGUUCACAUGUGUCUCUAUGGCAAUGCCAAAUAUGUCAGAACUACUGAAGGGCUAGUGAAAAUUGAGAGCUUCCUCCUCCAUCUUUAUGGUGUCAAGAUGGAAUCUCAAGACCAGACCAUCACGAUAGAGCAGUCGCAGUCAGACAGGAGCAAGAGGCUGUUCCAUCCUGUCAGAGUAGACUUGACCGCUGACCAAGAGACUAAAAUGACCGUUGGCCGUCUGCACUUCAGCGAAACUACCAGUAAUAAUAUGAGGAAGAAAGGAAAGCCAAAUCCGGAUCAGCGUUACUUUCUGCUGGUAGUCAGUCUGCAAGCACAAAGUGGUCAAAAUCAACAUAUGUUAGUGGCCAGUGUGUCUGAUAAAAUUAUUGUCAGGGCAUCAAACCCUGGCCAAUUUGAGAAUGAUGUUGAUGCCAUCUGGCAGAAAGGUCAAAGUUCAGAAUCUGUCUACCACAUGGGAAAGGUCGGGGUUAAUACUGACCACCCAGAAGAAUCCUUGACUGUGCACGGAAACUUGAGACUCACGGGUCACCUGACGCAACCAUCAGAUGCCAGGGCAAAGAAAGAUAUACAGGAAAUUAAUCCCAAGAACCAGCUGAGAAAUGUAUCCAAACUUCGGAUAUACAAGUACACCUACAAUCCUGACUAUGCUGCUCUUGUGGGGAUUCCACCAAACAGCAGAGAGGACACAGGAGUGCUGGCUCAGGAGAUUUUAGAUGUCCUUCCAGAUGCUGUCCAGGAGACCGGAGAUGUUGUCUUGUCCAACGGGGAGACAAUUGAGAACUUCUUGGUUGUUAAUAAAGAUCGAAUCUUUAUGGAGAAUGUUGGGGCGGUGAAGGAACUUUGUAAACUAACAGAUAACCUGGAAACUCGUAUUGAUCAGCUGGAGAAGAUGAACCAAAGAUUAAGGUCAUUGAAAAGGUUUGACAGUCUCAAAUCAACAAGUAGCAAUCAGAGUGGCAAAUCUGCAUCAACGGCUAGCUAUGCAAGUUUAAUGGCCUUGGCUUGUCUCUACAUCCUUGAAAUCCAAAA